CUGUGAAACCUGGGGCAUAGUCGAGUCCGUAGCUAGCUCAACUGCGGUCUCUCUGAGCUUCAUGUAAUACGUUUCAACAACAUGGCGGAAGAAGACGAGGAUUCAUCGUUAGAACGCGUUCUUCAAAGGCACAGAAAGGAAGCGAAAGAUCUUCAGGCCAAAAUCCAGGCGUUGAAACACUCUGUUCCAAAAGGUGACAAAAAGAAGAAAAAAGAGAUGGCUCUUGAGAUUGCAAAGCUGGAGGAAGAUUUAUCCGUGAGACAUAAGAAUGAGCUGGACUCACUGCAGAGUGACUCAAGUAAAGAGAAUCAUAAGGAACUAGAUGUCACAAAGGAGAUGGAAUCCAUUUCGAUAACCUCGGGUGAAGGGGAAACACACUCUCGAGUUUCAAAAGCACAAAAAAGACGGGACAAAAAAGCUGCUAAAGAUAAGGAAAGAGAACAAAGAAUUGCUGAAGCUGAAUUGGAAAAUGUGCAUAGUGCACGUAAUGUGGAAGCUGAGAAACUAAAAGAAAUCUUGGCAACCAGAGGAUUGUCCAUAAAAGAGAUCACUCCUGAUGGACACUGCUUGUACAAUGCUAUUGCUGAUCAGCUGUCUAGGAGAAAUCAACAGACUGGUAUGCAAACAUUACGAAAACUUGCAGCAGAUUAUAUGUUGAGCAAUCAAGAUGAUUUUUUGCCAUUUUUGACCGAUGCGAAAACUGGGAAGCUGUACACACCAGAUCAAUUCGUUCAGUAUUGCGAAGAAAUCGCUGCGACUGCUUCAUGGGGAGGACACCUUGAGAUCCAGGCUUUGUCUCAAGCUCUAAAGCUUCCUAUAGAAGUUUAUCAAGCUAACGCCCCAGUUCUAAGAAUAGGAGAGGACUAUGAUGACCGGCCAUUAUUGUUAUCAUAUCAUCACCAUGAAUACGGUCUGGGAGAGCAUUACAACUCAGUCAUUCCCACAGAAGAAUGUUUUGACAGCUAGCACUUAGAGUAAUGAUUCAUUGAACGCGAAACUGAAAACGAUUUAUUACAAUCAAAAGACUAUCAAUGUGUACCAGAACACCCAUAGUGGUCAUUUAAAUAAAAGAUUAGACGUCGUGACAUUUGUUUGUCGAAUAUGCCUUCCGGUAACCGAGAGCCAUCCCGUCACCUAAACUUAUUUGACCAGUUGAAUCGAGUGGAUAAGCUUUAGUUAACGACAGCACCUUUAAUUAAAGGUGAGUAUUUGACAAAGUUUACCUGCUUCUUUUCCACGUUGAUGAAGCUUUCAUCUGAUCGGAUCAAUGAUUAAAGAGUCUUGUGGAAGCGAAAGAGAGUUAUCAGAUCUUGUAGGGGGGCUUAACUGUAAUGUGGAAUAAAAUCAACUUGGAACCACUGCCUUCUUCAAAUUUCCUCUUUAUUGACAUUAUAGUUUGAUUUUAGUAAUUUCGUGAAAAAUUAGAUAAAGCUUCAAGAUUGGCAAACGGACUGGCUCCAAUUUAUAGGUCACUUUAAAGGUCUGAACAAAAUGAGGCCAAGAGCAAAACUUAAACAUUAUGAAAAUUAGUUCAUCUACAUGGGAAUAAAAAUUAAUUUCAUAUCAAAGGUCACUCUUAUCCUCAUUUCCAUAGAGGAACUUCAAGUAUCUUUUGAUAUACUUUCGACUUCAUAUUGGAAACAACAAUAACAACACUGAUCAGCCUUAACGAGAAUUUGACGUGCAAAAACAAAAUUUAGAGAAUUCCUAGCUGUUUGCUGAUGUAGCACACUACAAAAAGUUAAAAUGAUUAUCCUUCAACUCUGUCCCCGUAGGAGAGAGCUUUGGAGUUCAUCAGAGGCUGUUUGAUUUCAAUCUACUCUUUUGAUCGCCAUACAUUCGUGUUGUCUAAAAAUUGUAAUUGGAAGUGUCCAUUACAUGGAUUUCUUUUUUGAUAUAAAACUGUUUAUGCUCUGGCAUGGGAAAAAAGUUUUAAUAUCAAUUUUUCUCGUUUUCUCCGGGAUUGGCUCCUGGUUUAUCCUGAUCGGCCGUUCCGCUCUCAUCUGGUUU